AUGAGGAGUCAGGAACUCGAAGCCGAAUUGGCACCAAUCAAGAUGGAAAUUGACUUGAGCGAGUAUGCUGUCCCCAUCGACAACCUUCUCGAGCCUUGGAUGGCUGAUAAAGCCUUGGACAUGAUGGAAGCGCACGUUGUCCAGAGGGCUGGCGCAACGCUGGGAUAUCUCUACCAUAUCCUAGUCGAAGAGUGUAUCGCUGAACUUGAGGAUCAAUGCGAGCAAGCCAAAGCACGAGCAAAGAAUGACAGCAAGGGCGAGCAGAUCCCGGUGCUAGCCACGCAAGAGCCCCAGGAGGAGCGGGUGGAAAGCCAAAGAAGAAAGGAAAAGACACGACCAGCCCAACCUUCCGCUUUGAAUGUGGCUAUCAACCCGCCCGCGGAACAAGCGCAGGAGCCUGCGCAGAUACCGGAGACACUGAGUGUGAGCGACUCAACGAUGAAUAUCUUGAUGAAGAUAUUCAAAAAGUCAGAAGCUCGAGGCGCAGUGAGUUGGGUGUCUUUUGAGGCGGCUAUGGCCGAUCUAGAUUUCUCCGCCCACUCUAAAUAUAGCUCUGUGUAUUCGUUCUGGCCUCCUGAAUUCAUCGCGAUAUGCAGGUCCGUCACAAUUCAUCGUCCGCACAAUGGACAGGUCGAGGGCGUCAGACUUUCGAUCCUAUCACUCAGGCUCAAACGGACCUAUGAAUGGAGUGAGCAGACGUUCAAAUUUGCUUGA